GAGCAGCUCAGCUGGGUUCUUAGGGACCGUGUUGUUCAGCCCACUUGUUUCACAGAUAGAGAAUAGGGAAACUGAGGCCCCAAAAAGUCACUUACCAGUCCAAGGUCACAGGAACUCAAGUGUGCAGUAGAUGAGGCUGAGGGCCGGCAUUCCAGACGCUGCAGAAGCACUGACUUAGGGCGCUUGCUCCACAGCCUUCGAAAAGCCCCCCCGGCAAGUGGCACUGCCUCUGGGGAAGACGCCCAAUUCUUCUGGGCCCAAGCUCCGUGCCCAGGGUACUUCCUCUUCCAAGUAAUGAAAAGCCAGAUGCCCCCCUCAGCUCUGAGGACUAGGGCACUUCAGCUGCAGGUAUAAAUUUCAGCCUCCCAGCGCCAGUCUAGAACACUCAUCUACUGGCACCAUGAACUUCAUCAGCCUGUUCCUGGCCCUCUGCUUCCCCUUCUGCCUGGUGGGCAUCGCCAACUCAGAAAAGACCUCAGCCCAUCUUAGGCAGGAGGCUCCCCAGGAACUGCUCCCAACUCUGCCUGCCGUGUGCCGGCUCCCCCCAGCCAGGGGCCCCUGCCGAGGCCACUUCCACCGCUACUUCCACAACUCCACAGCCAGUGAAUGCGAGCACUUUACCUACGGCGGCUGUCGGGGCAAUGCCAACAACUUUGAGACCGCUGAGAUCUGUCGGAGGGUCUGCAAACCCCAUGCAGUGGUGCUGGCCCAGGGAAGGCAGCCAUGUGAGCCUCGCGGAGGAUGACAGUGUUGACAGAGAUGACGAAGGCGAGGGUGGCAGUGAUCAAGGGACAAGGUGAAGAGUCACCGAAGACCAUGAAGCAUCCUCCUAGCCUUGACUGAAAGCUGGCCAGGCCUCCCUUCCUGCACGCAGGCCCUGCUUGGAACCCAUCCCAUAGCCCUCUGGGCCUGGGUCAAUAAAGCAUUCCAAGUCAG